UCGGGAGGACAUACAGUUCUCCCUGCCGAAGGGGCAGCUAUAACGCAUGGCACAGUAGACCCCCGAGAAUUUUUGGGCGGGGCUACGCCCGCUCUUGAUAGGCGGGCCCUCGGGAAGCUGGACGAUGAAGCCCUCGAGUCCAAAAUUCUCCGGUCCUCCCUUACCGUCUGCAUAGCCCUCGGCGAACACGCCAGGAGGUUCGACGAGUGGCGCCUCCAGAAGGCGCAACAGGAGAAGUCCCUCAAGAAGCUUGUUCAUGAUAAUGUCGAGGCCGUGAGGCAGAUGGCUCAGCUGGAGAGGGACCUCCAGCAGGCGAGGGCGGAAGCAGAAAAGGCGGCCAAGGAAAGGGUGGAGGUGGAGAAGGCGGCUGCCGAGGCUGCAAAGAAGGCCCUUGAAGACGCCGAGGCCGCAAAAGCAGAGGCCGCCGCCGGUGCAGUCGCUGCCUUCAUGACCGAGGGCUGGAAGGCCGAAGGCCAUAAAGACUGGGUGGCCUCGGUCAUGGAGAGUUCUGCUGACGGGUGGGUGAAGGGCCCCGGGGCGAUGUGGCUAGCCCGAAAGGGUGAAGAUUACUAUGCCGGGGGGGGGGGGUUCACCCAGGCCUUGAUCUACAGGAGGCUCGCAUGGCACCUGAAAAUAGAGCCAACGGCCUUCGACCCGGCGGCAUACGGUCUCCCCCCUCCCUCCAGCCUGAUAUCAGAGUUCCCCUUCCCGAGGGCGUCGAGAGGCCAGAACUGGAAGAUUCAGAACUCCUGAAAGAGGCCGAGGGUGAUGAGGCAGAGGCUGACACGGAGGUCAUCUCGAAGCCCGCGGAAGAGGCUGCCCCCGGCGCUGACAAUAUAUGAUAUGUACUUAGUAGUGUUUUGAAUGUCUUCUCUGUAUGUAAUGGACAUCUGUAUACUGUCGGCCUCGGCCAUACUGUAAUUUAUACAUUCGAAUUUCUUUCCUUCGAUGAAUGAAUACAUGCCUCCGGGAUUUUGGUAAAUAAUCUGUUUCCCUUUCAUUGUCUCUCUUUAAAUGUAUGCUUUCGCCUUUCCUGAAUGUAUGCCUUUGCUUCUUUGAAUGUAUGUUUAGGACUUGGGAAAUAUUCUUCCAAGUGUAGUGCUUCUUGUAGCCCUCGGCUAUUAGAAAUCUUUAGUCAGUUGAACCUUUCACCGAGGGCACAAUGUUCAGGACUUGGAAAUAUUUCUAAGUGUUUGUUCAUCUGUUGGCCCUCGGCUGAUCCUUCCCUCCGGUUCUAUGUAGCCUUCAUGAGAUGACCGGAGGUGAGGUGCUUAGGACUUAGAACAUUUUCCUAAUUGUUUCAAUACAGUUUUAGCCUUCGGUAGUUGGGCAUCCUUCGCUG